AUGGGCGUCGCUGCCCUGAGCCCAGUGGUCAUUCGCGACUCGCUCAUCACGCUUCCCCUGGCGCGCCAUAUCAACACGACCGCGUCCAGGAACAUCGUCGCACACGAUCAGGCCCGCGCAAAAGUCCUCAGGUCGCGCUCACAGGGCGCCGCAGGGGUCGUCAGCGAUCUCAGGAAGGGACCCGAUGGGAUCCCCAUCCAGGAAAGCUUCGAUGUAUAUACCGUCGAUGUGCAAGUCGGCACUCCGCCGACUACGUACACUCUCAUCGUCGACACAGGCAGCUCGAACACGUGGGUCGGCGCGGGCACUCCCUACGAACAAACCAACAGCAGCAUAGACACGGGCGAUGAUGUGGUGGUGUUUUAUGGGUCGGGAUUGUUCGAAGGGGAAGAGUUUUUGGACACAGUAUCGGUCGGCUCCCUUACGAUCCAUAACCAGAGCAUCGGAGCCGCCGAGUUUGCAUUUGGGUUUGAAGGGUUCGAUGGCAUUCUGGGGCUUGGUCCGACCGACUUGACAGAGGAUACUACAUCCGACGGCAACGCAGUUCCGACGUUCCUCGACAACGCAUUCGCGAAAAGUCUCGUCCAAGAGAAAACCCUCGGGAUCUCGUUCGAGCCCGCUAUCGGUAACGGUGAGCUCACCAUUGGCGGCACGAACAGACUCAAGUUCUUUGGGGAAUUGGACUUCGUACCUUUGACCUCAACGUCUCCUGCAUCGGAUUAUGUCGGUAUUGAUCAAUCCAUCACGUACGGCAUUGGCCGCGGUUCAACAACAAUCAUGUCCUCCACUGCGGGUAUCGUAGAUACGGGUACCACUCUUAUCCUGAUCCCCAGCGAUGCGCUUGCCACGUACCAAAACAUCACAGGAGCGGUCUUGGACGAAGACACCGGAUUCCUCUCAAUCACAAAGGAGCAAUACGACAACCUCGAGAGCCUGUUCUUCCAUAUCGGCAAGAACACGUACGAGAUCACCCCGAAUGCCCAGAUCUGGCCCCGAGCUCUCAACACAGCCAUCGGCGGGGAAGCGGGGAGUAUCUAUCUCAUACUGGGAGAUAGCGGCGUGGAUACUGGCUCUGGACUCGACUUCAUCAACGGCUAUGCCUUCCUCCAGCGUUUCUACCAUGCCGUCGACUACACGGGCGAACGCGCCGGAUUUGCGUUCACGGAGUAUACUUAUGCGACCAGCAACUAA